UGUCAAAUUAAGACUUGUGUGGUUUCAAAAGUAACAGUGUGUAAGUUUUAAGUAACCUGAACAGACUUGUCCACCCAAUCUGAUCACUAAGUUCAGUCGUUGUUCUGACAGGACAGGUUUUCACUCCCUAAAUAUAUUCACUCUACAUUUUUUUUAUUGAUACUUCGACGUUUAACUCGUUGAGCUAGAACAGAACAACAGACUGCUGUGGAACAACAGACUGCUACUGUUCUACUAUUUGCAUCGGACUUAUGAUCCUUUCAAAAUAGAAAAUGAUAUCAUAACAAUAUUUUCCAGCGUGGUCUUGUCUCACGUGUGCUUGUGCAAUGAUUUCCCGGAAGUCCGUUUCCGGGACUGACCAGAUUUGUCGUGGACAUUUACAACAAGGCUGGGUCAGUACACCUGACAAGAGUAUAUAUUCGAUACUGAGUCUACAUCCACCUAUUAUCACAGGACAGAAGAUUUAGUGGAGAGUCAAGUCCAUGUAUCUUGUGUCUUAUCGGCACACGUUAUAAGGAUUGAUAUUUACAUCGCAGACAUCUUGGAGAGAGGAAUGAUGGACUGUACAAAUAGACCAGUACUCUCCUUUGGUGUUAUCGCUGAUGUACAAUAUGCUGACAUGGAAGAUGGUUACAAUUUCUCUAGGACAAGGAAGCGUUACUAUAGAAAUGCUGUGAACCUCCUAAGAGAAGCAAUCUCUUGCUGGAAAAACCGUGACUCGCCCGUUAAGUUUGUCUUACAGCUGGGAGAUAUCAUUGAUGGGUUUAAUAGGUCUCGGGGUUCAGGGUCUGAUAUAGCUCUGCAGACGGUCAUGCGAGAGCUUGACUCCCUGCAAGCACCUGUGUACCAUAACUGGGGAAACCAUGACUUCUAUAACUUUUCACGUCAGUAUUUGAUGAACUCUGUUCUGUUCUCAGGGCAUCUGACUGACUGCAGUUCUGUACCAAACUGCGCAUAUUACACUAUCCAUCCUUGUCCCAAACUGAUGAUCGUGAGUCUUGAUUGUUAUGAUGUCAGUGCUUUAGGGUAUGAAGAGUCAGACACCAAAUACCAACAAGCUAUGGAGAUCUUGACCCAGAAAAACCCUAACCCAGAAAAGAAUGACCCCAGGGGUUUAGAGGGUGACCAGAGGCGAUUUGUGAAGUUUAAUGGUGGUGUGGGUGAAGACCAGUUAGAUUGGCUGGAGAAGAAGCUGUUGCAGGCUCAGGCAGAGGAAGUCAAUGUUAUAGUCAUGGGCCAUACACCGGUGUUGGCCUCAUCAGCUGAUUGGCUGGACCUCCUGUGGAACUAUGAGGAGUUGUUGGCUAUACUCGGGCGAUACAAGGACUGUGUUGUGUGUUAUCUGGCAGGUCAUGAUCACACAGGAGGGCAUGACACUGACGAGCAUGGCAUCCUGCACAUCACUAUGCCAGGGGUGAUCGAGACGGCACCAGGAACUAACGCAUACAGCACUGUGGAUGUGUACCGUAAUAAACUGUCAAUCUUAGGAGAAGGCACAGCUGAAAGUUUUCAUAUUAACCUCAAAUUUACUUUAACAUGAAAAAUGUGUGAAGUUUACUGUAACUAGACUGUGAUAAUGAUUAAAUAGUUAUUUUUUUAUCACUGACAUAUUGGUUAAUUGCCGUGCAAGGUACAGUCUGAAUCAGAACAUGUUGCACUUUUAUUUUUGGGGUUUGUAGUGAGGCAACAAAACACAUCAUCCAAAAAAAACUAGAGACCUCACUUGGGUUGAUAUGGACAAUCAAAUACAUCUUCAUGUUGCUGGAACACAGCCAUUUGUUCUGUGUUCCAAACCUAAUUCAUGGGACAGGCUCACAUUUGGUAUUCAGUAUUGUUGGCUGUUGUUUGAGCAGCUAACCAGCCCUUUCCAAUGAGGCUGAAGUUUUGAAUCUGUCUGUUGUCUGAUGAAGGACAGGGUUUACUCUUGCUCUUGUCUGACGAAGGACAGGGUUUACUCAUGUCUGGCGAAGGACAGGGUUUACUCUUGUCUGGUGAAGGACAGGGUUUACUCUUGCUCUUGCCUGACGAAGGACAGGGUUUACUCUUGUCUGACGAAGGACAGGGUUUACUCUUGUCUGGUGAAGGACAGGGUGUGCUCUUGCUCUUGUCUUACAAAGGACAGGUUUUACUCUCGCUACAAAGAUUUCCUUCACAUAUAAAAUUGAUGGCGUUUGUUUAAAUGAAAAAUUCAUCAACACCAAUCAAAUAAAUACAUAAAUCAAAAUUUAUUUGUGUUCACAAAGUUCAGUUUGCAUAUAAUACAUGUAUGAUUUACAUUUUGCAUUUUACAUUUCACAACUUAUUAAAUAUAUUUAACAUGUUGAAAAUGGAUUUUUUUCUUUAAAACUUGGAUGUUCAGUUAUUAAUUAUUUGAUUGGUAUUGUACAUUGUGGUCUAGAACUGAACAUUUCACUUAGAUGGCAGUACUUAGGGGAAACCACUGCAUCUAUCAAUGUAUCUGACACACCUGACUGAAACACAAACUUCACCAGAAAAAGCUUGAUUUUAAACAGAGACUGGCAGAGGCCUACCAUACUGGGCUUUCGGCAGAAACCAUUGUGCCACUAACAUCAUCACAGAAAAGUGUGUGAACUUUUUACGCUGAUUCAGCCAAAAACAUUGGGAGAUUCACUUAAAAGUUUAUUUUCUCCAUAGGAUAAUGUACAGAUUUUGUUUGAGUAUAUCAUCAUAUCAUACUGAAAUAUUUUUGUGGGCAUACAUGCUAUAUAGAACACGUCAAAAGACUUGCAACAACAAGUUAGUGCCUAUAAUAGUAAUUUUGUAAUGGCAGUACGUAUAUUCCAUCUGGAUGUAAAUAAAAAAUU